GUAGUUCAGCAAGGCUGGAGUCGGAUUGCAUCGGAUGUUUUUCGAGCACAGCGUUCUGCGGGACGUGGUGUCUGCUGUCGUUGGUAAUGCUCAUCAUCCAGGCCUAUAUUUAACAUUUGAAUGAUAUCAGUCAGCUAAGAAGGCGUUUUCUCCGCCGCAUGCACAUGCACACCGAGGAGACCGCACUGCUCGCAACCGCCAGUAUGGACUUACACAUAUUGGACCACAGGCUACGGGUUACCAGCAUAUGCAAGAAUGGGCUGGUGAAUUUCACACACCCCCUGAUUAAACUGAUAUUUCUUCGGAACAGGACACGAUGUAAGUUUUUCAGUCUGACGGAGACACCAGAGAACUACACAGUCGUCCUUGACGAGGAAGGGUUCAAAGAGCUCCAGCCCUCAGAGCAUCUCAAGGUAGAAAGCUCCAUCUGGCUGCCGCUCAACGUGGUCUCCAAUGGCAACUCCUCCAGCAGCUCACAGGCUGUUGGUGUGACCAAGAUCGCCAAGUCGGUCAUCGCCCCUCUGGCCCAGCAGCACGUCUCUGUCUUCAUGCUCUCCACUUAUCAAACCGACUUUAUCCUGGUGAGAGAGAAAGACCUGUCUGUAGUCAUCCAAACUCUGGAGGAGGAGUUCAAUAUUUACAAGGAGGUGGGAGGAGAGUCUGUCCCCAUGCAUUGUCAGGAUGUUUCCAACGGCCUCCAGAAGAACGGAAAAGAAGCCAUCCAGCCCACAGUUCACCCGGUGCUGAUCCCCCAGAACCAGUUCUGUGUCAUGUCUCUGGACCCGGACACACUGCCGUCUAUCGCCACCACGCUCAUUGACGUCCUCUUUUAUUCCAACUGUCCUAAAGAGGAUGCACAGUCGUCUCCCAACCAGGACUUGGACUGUAUCAAGUUCUUCUCCUUCUCCCUCAUUGAUGGCUAUAUCUCACUGGUGAUGGACACUGAGGCUCAGAGACAGUUUCCUGCUGAUCUUCUCUUCACCAGUUCCUCCGGGGAGUUGUGGAGAAUGGUCCGUAUAGGGGGACAACCGCUGGGCUUUGAUGAAUGUGGUAUAGUUGCCCAGAUAUCUCAGCCUCUGGCUGACAGCGACAUCUCUGCCUAUUACAUAAGCACCUUCAGCUUCGACCAUGCUCUGGUCCCUGAAGAGGACAUAGUGAGUGUGACAGGCAUGCUCCAGCAUCAGAGGAAAGAACCAGCCGCCAGCUGAUUUCUGAAGUCCCUUCUGAGCUGGAUGAUCCUGGCUCAUUGUGCCGCCUCUCACUCCAGUGGCAAAGGGCCAGUAGGAAAAGAAGCUAACCCUGUGCCUAGACUAGCACUGCAUCGCCAGCAGUAUUAACUACUACAAACUUGCUAUGAACACCAGAAGCGCUUCUCUAUGGUGUGCAUACACAGUUGGUCUGUGAGGCCUCCUGUCUUACCUAUCUAAGGCAGGAUGCACUGAGUCCCAGGAGGCCGAAAAGCUCACAUAUGCACAUCAAAAAAAUGUCACUCCUUCACAUACACACACAAAUACACACAAACACUUGCACAUUCAAAUUCCCAAGCACAAAGAAAACUGAGAAUUUCUAUUUUCUGACAACAGGGCUCACUCGUUUUGGUUUGUGAAGAAUGAGCAGUUACUUCUUGUGUAUUAAAACUAAUUCAAGUGUUGUCAAGCAGGACCGUAGGCUUGGUCAGUAUUUUUGUUUUUAAGAGGUCAGCAUUUCUUAACCGUAGUAUUAGCCACGGUCAAUAACACUAUGUCUUAUUUUUUUAUUUGCACAAUAAACUUUUAAUUAACCUACUAUGACUUAGAUUUUUUUCUUUGGUACAACUUUUGUACAAUUUGAAGUAAAAGUAUUCUGUAAACAUUUGUAAUGUUUGUGCUGCUUCAUUCAAUAAAGAGUAUUGAAAAU